CCUGCCCAAGGCAAGAGAAACCGCGGCGCGCGGAGAGGGAGGAAGGGCAGACGCAGACGGGCGAACAAGAUGAGGGAGAUCAUCAGCAUCCACAUCGGCCAGGCCGGGAUCCAGGUCGGCAACGCCUGCUGGGAGCUCUACUGCCUCGAGCACGGCAUCGAGCACGAUGGCACCAUGCCCAGUGAUUCCUCGGUUGGCGUCGCACAUGAUGCCUUCAACACGUUCUUCAGCGAGACUGGUUCCGGCAAGCAUGUGCCCAGGGCCAUCUUCGUCGACCUUGAGCCCACUGUCAUCGACGAGGUUCGCACUGGCUCGUACCGCCAGCUCUUCCACCCAGAGCAGCUCAUCUCGGGGAAGGAGGACGCAGCUAACAACUUUGCCCGUGGCCACUACACGGUUGGGAAGGAGAUUGUCGAUCUAUGCCUGGACCGUGUGCGCAAGCUUGCAGACAACUGCACUGGGCUGCAGGGAUUCUUGGUGUUCAAUGCUGUUGGUGGUGGUACUGGCUCUGGACUUGGUUCACUGCUGUUGGAGCGCCUUUCAGUUGAUUAUGGCAAGAAGUCUAAGCUUGGUUUCACCAUUUAUCCUUCCCCACAGGUGUCAACAGCUGUUGUAGAGCCAUACAACAGUGUCCUCUCGACCCACUCCUUGCUCGAGCACACUGAUGUUGCAGUCCUCCUGGACAACGAGGCUAUCUAUGACAUAUGCAGGAGGUCCCUUGACAUCGAAAGGCCAACCUAUACCAACUUGAACAGGCUGAUCUCACAGAUCAUAUCAUCACUUACCACCUCCCUGAGGUUUGAUGGGGCUAUCAAUGUGGAUGUUACUGAGUUCCAGACCAACCUUGUUCCAUACCCACGUAUUCAUUUCAUGCUUUCCUCAUAUGCCCCUGUAAUAUCUGCUGAGAAGGCCUACCAUGAGCAGCUCUCUGUGCCUGAAAUCACCAAUGCUGUAUUUGAGCCCUCAAGCAUGAUGGCCAAGUGUGACCCAAGGCACGGAAAGUACAUGGCUUGCUGCUUGAUGUACCGCGGUGAUGUUGUUCCUAAGGAUGUCAACGCUGCAGUUGCAACCAUCAAGACCAAGAGAACUGUCCAGUUUGUGGACUGGUGCCCCACUGGAUUCAAGUGUGGCAUCAACUAUCAGCCACCCUCUGUUGUCCCUGGAGGUGACCUGGCAAAGGUCCAGCGUGCCGUGUGCAUGAUCAGCAACAACACCGCCGUUGCCGAGGUGUUCUCACGCAUCGACCACAAGUUUGACCUUAUGUACGCCAAGCGUGCAUUCGUUCACUGGUAUGUCGGUGAGGGUAUGGAAGAGGGUGAGUUCUCAGAAGCCCGUGAGGACUUGGCUGCUCUUGAGAAGGACUAUGAGGAAGUCGGUGCAGAGGGUGCCGAUGAUGAGGGUGACGAGGGAGACGACUAUUGAGUAGCUGGCUAAUAAGUAGUUCUCUGGUGGUUAAUGGUUGGGUUAUUUUGAGUAUAUACUCUAUGGUUCCACUCCAUUGGAUACUGCUGCUGUGUGUUUCCAUUUUGUACUAUGUAGUAAAUUGUUCGUAGCCCCCUAUUGGCCAUGAUUGUUCAUAUCAUCCUUCUUUGGUUUGCAACGCUAUUCGUCC